AAUAAACUUUGAGCGAAAACUUUUUGCCGCUCAACAGUUUUUUUUAUCCCGCUUACUAUGAAAUGGCGGAAUUACGGAAUUUUGAAAAAAUCGAAAAAGUUGGAGAGGGUACUUACGGUGUAGUUUAUAAAGCAGAAGAUAAAAGCACAAAAAAACUCGUAGCCUUGAAAAAAAUUCGUUUAAAAUGUGAAACAGAAGGGGUACCUAGCACAGCUCUUCGUGAAAUCAGCUUGCUAAAAGAGUUGGAACAUCCAAAUGUAGUUCGACUUGAAGAUGUUGUAUAUUCUGAUCAAAAACUUUAUCUGGUUUUCGAAUACUUAGAUUUUGAUUUGAAAAAGCAGCUCGAUCAACUUCCUUCUAAUGGUCUUUCUCUACGUGUUGCGAAAAGCUAUCUGUACCAGCUGUUGCGAGGUUUGGCAUAUUGCCAUUCUCGAAAAAUUUUGCACCGCGAUCUAAAACCUCAGAAUUUGCUUGUUGACAAUGAAGGAAAUAUUAAACUUGCCGAUUUCGGCUUAGCAAGGGCAUUUUCUCUUCCAAUAAAAGCCUACACUCAUGAAAUCGUUACUUUAUGGUAUAGAGCUCCAGAAAUCCUUCUGGGUGUUAAAGAAUACAGUACAUCCGUAGAUAUUUGGAGCUUAGGCUGUAUUUUUGCAGAAAUGCUCACUAAACGUCCAUUGUUUCCUGGAGAUUCAGAAAUUGAUCAAUUAUUUCGUGUGUUCAGGACCAUGGGUACGCCAGAUGAAGAAACUUGGCCAGGUUGUUCCAGUUUGAUGGAUUACAAACCAACAUUCCCUAAAUGGUUACCAAGGGAUAUUACUGCAACAUUACCCAUGCUUGAUAUGGAAGGUGCUGAUCUCCUUCUUAAAAUGCUUACAUAUCCACCAAUGAAACGUUUAUCAGCCAAGAAUGCUCUUGGCCAUCCAUUUUUUAAAGAUGUUACCGUCCCAAUUAGAGCUGUUUAAUUUAUUAUUAUUUAUUAUAUUUUAUAUUAUAUGUGUAUUUUAUAUGUGAUGAUGAUAAAGUGUAUGCAAAUGUGUAAUCCAUGAAAUUUGUAUUGUCUAUUUCUUAUUUAUCAUGUGUACUUCCAUUCAUUGUAAAAAAUGCCAUUAAUUCAUUGUGAUGUAUUUAAA